UCCCUGGAGGAAUCAAAGGCUAACACACCCGCGUGGAAUUGCCGGCGUAGAAAAUUAUCGGACGAUUUUAUUUUAAUUUUUUUAUUUAUUUUCAAGAACCGUUUCUAAACUCGGCUCUUCGUCGUCGUUUUGGGGUUGUCUUCUCCGAUUGACAGCGACAUGACUGAAAGUAUUCAAUUUCUGUUGCAGACAAAACCCUAGAUUACUCCACCACCUGGAUUUCCCCAUUCAGACGCUCAAUCUCGACGGCGACGGCGAAGACGACGCCGUUUCUGUCCUUAUGUUUUCUGAUCUUCGAUUUCGUAUUUCGUCACUCCGAUGUGCAAAUCUAAGAAAAGCACGGAUGUGAUCGAGCCCAAGAGCCCUAGAUCUUCUCGCCAUCAACGAACAUCGAAAUCCUUCGCUACUGCGUCGUCUUCGCAUCCGGAUCCGUCCAGUUCUGUGGAUUUUGCGAGUUACAAUGUCACCACUACGGAUACGAAAUCGAGUACUAAGAAUUCGUCGAAAUCUUCCGCUUCUAGUCGCGCUUCUCUUGCUAGUUUCAAGGAAUCUCUUCCCGAUAAUCCUCUGAUUUACGAGUUUUCUGAGAUUCGUUCUGCAACGAACGGUUUCAUCUCCAAACCGUUCUCUUCGUCUUCGUCCGCCACUUCGUGGCGGUGCUUAAUUAGGGGAAAAGACGUUAUCGUCUUCCAGCGGAAAUUGCUCCGCCCGAUUGAGUUGCCGGAGUUGAAGCAUCAGUUGUCUGUUAUCUGCCGGAGCCACCAUAACAAUCUGGUGAAGCUACUCGGCGCGUCGAUUUCGGGGAAUUAUAUUUAUUUGGUGUACGAAUUUAUCGCUGGAGCAAGUCUCGCAGAAUGUCUUCGCAAUCCGAGGAACCCUAAUUUUACCGUCCUUUCGACCUGGAUUUCUCGGAUGCAGAUUGCCGCCGAUUUGGCGCACGGACUCGAUUACAUCCACCAUUGCUCUGGAUUGGACAUGAAAUUCAUCCACAAUCACAUCAAGAGCUCCAGCAUUGUAAUAACCGAUGAAACCCUAACUCCGAAAAUUUGCCAUUUCGGCGCCGCGGAGCUCAGCGGCGAGUUGGCUAUGGUGGGGGAGGAGGAAGAAGGAGACGAAUUAGAGAUUACGACAUACAGGCAACCAAAGCGGUCGAAUAGUAAGAAGAUGAAAUUGGAAGGGACGAGAGGGUAUAUAGCGCCGGAGAUGAUGGCGAACGGGACGAUGAGCCAGAAAAUCGACGUUUACGCGUUCGGAGUUGUGAUUCUAGAACUGAUCUCCGGCAACGAGGUGUUGAAAUACACGUUCGAGGAGGGGAAUCACGGCGGAUAUGUGAGAGUGAGUGUAAUAGAGACAGCGAGAAAGGCGGUGGAAAGUGGGGUCGGUGGGGUUCGGACAUGGGUGGAUCGGAGAUUGAAGGAUUCUUUUCCGAUGGAGGUGGCGGAGAAGAUGGUGGUUGUCGGGUUGGAAUGUGUGGAGGAGGACCCGGAUAAGCGGCCGGAUAUCGGUCGGGUUGCCGUGAAGAUAUCGAAGCUGUUUCUGGAAUCGAGGCGGUGGGCUGAGAGCAUUGGGAAGCCUGUCGACAUGUCGGCUUCAUUUGCUCCUCGGUGAAAGCAUGACAGGGGAAUGUGAGACGACAGUCGGCACACACUGUACAUCAAUUUUUUUUUUUCUUUUUGGUAAUUCUUCUUAAUUAAAUUUAAUUUCCGCUAUUUUUUGGGGUCAGAGUUUAAUUUUUAAUAUAAUUUUGGAGAGAUUUUAAUUUUUUUCUGGGCGACAUUAUGUGCAUAAUAUUAGUAUGACAUGAAUUCUUUAUAUAUCUGCCCAUAAAUAAACGGGUUCCUUCAAAGUU